UUCAUCAAUACAGUCAUAGUUUAUUCAUUUUCAACACCACUCUGCAUGUUCUUUUAUUUCAUCAAUACAGUCAUAGUUUAUUCAUUUUCAACAACUACUCAACCACUCUGUACUGUGAUCGUGUAUUUUUCUAAGUGUGUCUGUCCUUGUAAUAUCUUGGCCCAAACGGGUGUGUAUUUAGGCUCUGGAAGAACUUAUGACUUCCAUUGAAUUAAUGUUUGUGUGUGAAUGUGAAUGUAAUUCUGUGGGUGUAUAUGUACUCCGUGGGUGUGUAGCCAUUAGCCUGUGUGUGUGUUGUGCCAGCUGUGACCUUGAGUUUGUGUGUGUGCGUGUGAGUGACUGUGCACGUUUUAUUCUGUGUGUGUGUGUAUGUAAAACUGUUAGCGAAAGGAGAGUGUGUUGUGAACUGCUGUAACCCUAAGGAUGAGGAGAGAUGACCCGCCUCAAGGUACAAAUGUUGAGAAUUUGGACUGUGACCAUUGAACUCGUUGUACUCAUUGGUCCUCUAUAAAAAGUCAGAAGUUCCUGGGCACUGGUCAUUCCGCCAUGUCCCUCCGUGUCCUCCUGGCAGUGGUGGUUGCUGUUCUCUAUCUGUCCCCGGUAAUGUUAUCCUGGGCUGGGGACAGGACAGAGGGGACUCUGUCUUACGUGGCCGCAGUCUACGAGCACAAGGUGAUUCUGAACCCAGAGCCGCAUGUGCCUCUGUCUCGGGCCGCGGCGCUCGAGCACAUGAUGAGGAACCUGAAGGUCUAUGAGGAGCAGGCCGCGCGGGCAGCGGAACAGGGGGCUCAGAUCAUAGUAUUUCCAGAAGACGGUAUCCAUGGGUUCAACUUCAGUCGUCUGUCCAUCUCUGGUUACCUAGAGACCAUCCCUGACCCACUGACUGAGGACUGGAACCCCUGUACACAACCUGACAGACACAAUCACACUGAGGUCCUCCAGAGUUUGAGCUGCAUGGCUCGACGCCACCAACUGUACCUGGUGGCAAACAUGCCUGACCUCCAGCCCUGCCCUCUGACCUCUCACCCCCACCUUGACCCCUCUCAAACUCCCUGCCCCCCUGAUGGACGCUGGCAGUUCAACACUGAUGUAGUCUUCAGGUCUGAUGGUUCCCUGGCGGCUCGCUACCACAAACAAAACCUGUUCUUCGAGAAGGAAUUCGAUACCCCACCCAGACUCGAGGUGGUGACCUUUGACACGCCGUUCGCCGGACGGUUUGGAGUGUUCACCUGCUUUGACAUCCUGUUUCACGACCCUACUGUCAGACUACUGGAGAAGGGUAUCAGACAGAUGAUCUUCCCCACAGCCUGGAUGAAUCUGCUUCCUCUACUAACAGCGGUUCAGAUCCAGAGAGCAGUCAGUCUGGGAGCUAACGUCACUCUGCUGGCGGCUAACCUCAGGCAUGACAGCAAGGCUAUGACGGGCAGCGGCAUCUUCACCCCUAGUACUUCCCUCUAUCACCACGCCUUCCACCACCCUGGGGAGCCAGAGGAGGGGAAGCUGCUGGUGUUGAGGAUACCUGUACUGGACAGUGACUGGCUGGCAACACAGAAGCAGGCAAAGAGGCAGGGGGAGACAGGAGGACAGGGUGAGGCAAAGGGGCAGAUAGGAGAAGAGUGUGAGGCAAAGGGGCAGGGGGAGACAGGAGGAGAGGGUGAGGGUGAACCUCUCUCCGCUUCUCUUCCUAUCCUCUCUCCCAAUCCCUCCCCAUCCCCCUCUCACUUCAUCUCCUCUAUGAUGUGUGACCCAUUCUCCUUCGUCCUGCUGCAUGGUUCAGAGGGCCAGCUGACUGUGUGUGACGGUCCUCUCUGCUGCCACCUGCAGUACCGACGGUCCCCACAGGGUGGCAAUACGGAGCUCUAUGCUCUAGGGGCAUUCGCUGGCAAUCACACGGCUGACGGACACUUCGCCUUGCAGGUGUGUGCGUUGGUCCGGUGCUCGGGGUCAGAGGUCAGCUCCUGUGGAAAGGGAGUGGAGGAGGCAGAGUCUAGACUGGACUUCCGGUUGGAGGGGAAGUUUGGAACGCGUUACGUUUACCCAUCAUUACUAGGUAGUGGCAUGGUUGUAGAUGGACCCGACCGGAUCGAGAAGACCACAGAUGGUCGAGUGACUAUGGAACACUCAGGGAUGUCCGUCGGACUGGUGACUGCAUGUCUCUACGGCAGGGUGUACGACCAGGACUAGGGUGCGUGUGUGAAAGUGUGAGAGAGAGAGAGAGAGAGAGAGAAAAUAAAGUAAAUAAAUGUUCUCCAACCUC